AUGUAUACAUUGCGUCAUAAGUGGGUUCCGGCAUUUACCAAUAAAUUCUUCUCUGCUGGAUUUAACAGGGCAGUUGGACAUCUACGACAUGAAGAGGUGAUUGAUGAUCAUGUUGAUAUUAAUGAACAGCCAAACUUGAAAUCCAUGGUCCCUUUGGAGAAGCAAAUGAUGGGUAUGUUUACAAAGGAAUACUUUCAUAAAUUUCAGAAAGAGCUUUAUGCUAGUAAUGCUUAUGUAUUAAAUAUUAUAUUGGAUGAUGAAAGUCAAUGUGUUUAUGAGGUCAGUAGGGUGCUUUAUGGAGAUCUUAAAGUUCGACAACUUGUGCACGAUAAGCUAAUUGAUAAUGUCAAGUGCAAUUGUCAACGUUUUGAAUUUGAAGGCAUCCCAUGCAAGCAUAUUCUAGCAUUUUUUAGAAUAAAGCAAGUUGUAUUUUUGCCAGAGCAAUAUAUUAAGAAUAGAUGGACAAAGUUUGCAAGAGUUGGAAGCAUUACUGGUAAAGAUGGUUUAGAGAUUAAAGAUGCACAAGAUAAGUCGGUUUUAGUGAGACGUACUAAGGUAUCUCAACUUGCAUCAACUGUAAUUGAUGAAGCUGCAUUCUCAGAAGAAGGUACGGAACUGUUAAUAAACACGCUGGACACAUUUCAUGAACAACUGAAAGCCAUGAAUGCAAGUAAAAUUGGAGGAAAAAAUGCUUCAUCAUUAGAAAAGCAAUAUGACAUUCAUCUACAACAAACCUUUAACGAUCAUCUUCAAGUUAGAGCAAAAGGAUGCGGUAAACGUUUGAGGUCAUGA